AUGUUGGGUGAAAAUGCUGUUGUUGGAUAUGUAACUGCCCUGCAGUCUGUAUUACAUGAUCUCCACAGGUAUUCCAGAGAAUUCCAGAGACUGCCAGUAGAAGGACCUAUUCAUUCACACCAACCAGGAGACUGGGUUCGCAUUCGAAAGUGGCAGAAGGGGUCCCUCAAGGACACAUGGAGUGACCCAAAGUUGAUCUUACUGAGCACUCACGCAGCAGUGAAACUGAACAGAGUGUCAAGGUGGAUCCACGUAAGCAGACUCAAAGCAGCAUCACCACCAGUGGAACCAGUGAAGGAGGUAGCCAAGGACCUCCCAACAGCUGAGGGACAGACGAAGAGUCUUGAAGAUAAGGGGCUACCGGAGGCACUACUGGGUCUCGGCCUGAAGGAGUAUCUCAACACCACAUCUCAUGGAGAAAAUGGCCAUGAGACAUUUUCAGUGUUUAGCAGAGUUUUCCUAGUCAGUAUGUACUCAUUUGCCUGUAUUCUUGGAGUGUCAGGAAAUGCUUUGGUUCUUAUCAUUUUGACUUUCUAUGAGAAAAUUAAGGUGUUGACAGAUAUAUUUUUGGUGAGUUUGGCUAUAGCUGAUUUGUGUUUUCUUUGUACUUUGCCAUUCUGGGCUUAUUCUGCUGCUUGGGAAUGGAUCUUUUACACUUUGCCAUGUCAAAUCAUCCAAGGACUUUACACCCUGAAUCUGUAUGGUUCCAUGUUAACCCUUACCUGUAUAACCAUCGAUAGGUAUUUUUCUAUUGUUCACGCCACUAAAGUUCACACUAGUCAAGCCAAAAGAAUAGUCUGGGGCAAAGUAGUUUGCAUUUUGGUUUGGAUGAUUUCCCUGACAUUUGCGUUACCCCAAUUUUUGUUUAGUAUGCAGGCUGAAGCUGAUAAAAAGGUAUGCAUUGCAAAAUACUCUACGCGCUUUUUGGAGUUGUUCACAGAAGUAAUUCAGAUAGUUCUUGGAUUCUUCUUACCUAUGUUGGUCAUGGUUAUUUGUUAUUCGAUGAUUAUGAAGACAUUAUUUGAUGCCAGGGGUUUCCGCAAGCACAAAUCCUUAAAAAUAAUAUUUGUUAUAGUUGUGAUGUUCAUUUUUACACAGACACCCUUAAAUCUCUUAAAACUCAUUCGGACUGUAUACCAGAGUGUCAUUCUGGAUGAAGGGUUUGAUUAUGCUUUAAUCAUAACAGAAGCCAUUGCUUAUUUCCAUAGCUGUCUCAACCCUGUUCUCUAUUUCUAUAUCGGGGUGAAGUUCAGGCAGAAUUUGGCAAAAAAAUUUAAAAGCAUUGGAGGUGUUAAACCUCAACAAAUCGUUAUGAAACAAACCACUGAGGAUAAUGCUGCUAUAUCAAGGCUUACCUCAGAACAACAGAUAGAAAGCCCAAUUCCCUAA